CAUCGCUUCGGGGGUGUGGCUCCCGAGCGACGCCAUUGGCUCUCUCUCCUCGCUACACUAUCGUCCUAUGCGCCCGCCUCGUCCGAUCUAAUAUCUCACUUCUGUUCAUCUACUAUAAAAUAAAAUAGCACUUCGCCUCGUACGCUUGUCGAGUUCGGUCACAUCACUCAUUGGCUCAUAUUCUUCUUCGAACGUCGUAUUAUGGUAAUAUAAAUUGACCAACCGUGGAGCAAAUUUGGUUAGUUCGUUAAAGUUGAUUAAAGCCAUUUAACCGGGACGGACACGACGAACCGAACGGCGCGAGCGUCAAUCCCGCGGACUAGACUAAAUGAGCUUCAAUUGUUUAAUAUCGGAAUCGAUAAUUCGAUCUUGAGUCGGGCUCGUGGAGCCCGAGGUCCGAGCGGCAGGCAGGCGGCCGCGACGGAGCCGAGCGAGGUUGGUGCGGAGGUAGCGGGUGCGCAGCCGCCCGCCACCGACGGCUACAUGUACGUGUGCGGAGACAGCGCCGGCGGUGCCGGACCGCGCUACGAGUGCGCCUUCGAGGGCGGCGGAGGCAUGGAGCAGCCCACCUUCGAGGAGCAUAUGUUCAGCGAGUUUGGCAAGGAUCGGCAAGUGCAGGUGGUAGUGGGCGCAGGCGGUGAGCUGCAGUACCGGGAUGACCUACCCGUGUUUGCCGGUAGUGAACAGAAGCGUAAAGAAGAACCAUUACUUUUGCAAGCGGUAGAAGCAGCCCCGACUUCGCACACUCAGCAUCCACCACCGCCACCCCCUCCAACAACUACAUCUAAGAAAAGUGACAAAAAGAAAAGCGAUAACAAUGGAAUCAAGAAAAAGAAAACAAGAACAACGUUCACUGCUUAUCAAUUGGAGGAACUUGAACGAGCUUUCGAACGCGCACCUUAUCCAGACGUUUUUGCUAGAGAGGAAUUAGCUCUGAAAUUGAAUUUAUCUGAAUCACGUGUCCAGGUAUGGUUUCAAAAUAGAAGAGCAAAAUGGCGUAAGCGUGAGCCUCCACGGAAGACAGGUUACAUUGGUUCCAGUUCUCCGAGUUCUACAACAUUAGGCGGCGGUUUUUCAAGUAUCGGAGGCAACUUACCCGCUUUUCCUCAAAACGGUCUACCAGCGCCAGCAGAUUCGUGGUCCUACCAACAUUCAUAUGAACUAUCUUCACAUCACUUGCUAUCUUCAGGGAGUAGUGGAUAUCCUGGAUUUAACACUCAGCCAGCUGCUUACUCAUACACUACAGUUCUUAAUGGACACGAUGGACAGAUGUUCGCUCCAAGACAUUCAUACGAGUAUGGCGAGGGUAGUCCGCCUCCUCUUGGCGUAAGAGAUUAUCCUAUGAUUGCUGCACAUUCACCGCAAAUGGAAACACAUGGUCAUGAAGAUAAGUUAGACUAUCGCACUCAUGAUCACGAGGAUAAGUACUCGUCGUGUGCAUUACAAGAGGAGCCGCCUCGAUACGCCGCACCGCCAGAAGAUUACGACAAAUGCGGUAUGGUCCCGCACGAGAAACACUACGAGAUGGACCGCCAUUCAGAACUCUCACAGCCAGUGGUUGUCAAAAUGGAACCAAGUCCGAGUCAGCCGUAUACGUCGCUGCCCCCUUUUUUGAAUUGAAAUACUCUUUUUCGAAAUUAUCAUAGCGCGUAGAUCAAUUUCGAAAAGGAGUAUUAUAUAAAAGGGACGAUAUUUUUAUUUUAUUUUAAUAAAAGCUUAGAAUAGAGAUGCAUAAAUUUAGAAUGCACAAAAGUAGAUUUAAUUUUGACGGUGUCAUUAUUAAAAUGUACACCUUACGCGUUAUUUAAAAUUAUCACUUAGUUUUAUUCAAGAAAAAUCUUAAAUUUAGAUGUGUUGUUUAGUAAGUGAGAGGAUGAUAAACGAAAUGUAAUAAACAAUAGAUUUUAUUUUAAUGGUAUUUAUUAGAGUUGUAUUUGUACAUAAACAAAUAGUUAUGUUAGUCUGUUUAAACUGCCAAUUUGAUACAAAUGAAACGUACAUAAUACCUAUUCGUUUGAAAAUUGGUAUUUAACCAGAGUGCAUUCCUUGUGCCUUAUUGUUUAUAGUUUUUAUUAAUUCAAUUAAGGCGAUAAAUUAAAUAAAAGUAUAUCUACGGGUUCGACCCAGCUUACAAAAUAUAUAGAGAUUUAAAUUAUAAGAUAACUUAGUUGCUUUUAGUGUUAAAAUGCUUAUAUUUUGAUACUAAAACCAUUUUCUUAGCAUUUAAUAGUUUUUUUAUAUAAAUAUAGUAGGUAUGUUUUUUUAUUAAUUUUAAGAUUUUGUUACGUAGCUAUAAGAUAAUAGGUUAGUAAUAGUUAAUAUUAUAUAUCAUAAAGACCUUUGUCCGGCUCGAAGGACUAAAAUAUAGUUAAGUAUAUUGACGUGAAUGAUGUGCCAAAUAAUACAUAUAUUAACAGUAAUAAUAUUAUUUAGAUAGCUAUAAAGAAUAAUAUGUGGAAUUAUUCACGUUUAGAGUAUUGAUUAAUGUCAAUAGUUGAAAUAAUUCAUUACUGCAUUUAUUUUUUUCAUAUGAAAAAGAACCAAAGAGAUGUAUGAGGUAUCUAAUAAUUCAGAGAAAAAAAUUUUCACGCUCUCAGGGUAUUUAUUGCUACAGCGGUCUUUAUUAAAAAAAAAUAGUUAAGUAAACCCAUGAAUAUUUGAUAAUUAAAAUCUUAAAGCAAUAUUUUAGUGUAGGCAGAAUAAGUUGACGAGUAAUAAUAAUACAAUGUGCUUAUUGA